AAAUAAAUAAAUACAACUCCUGAUGUGACAGCAGUCAAUCUCUGCUUAGCUUCUUUACUACUGAUACUUCUGCAGUCACCAUGGUUCAGUCUAAGUCAUGGAUUCUGGCCAAACACUUUGAUGGCUUCCCAAAAGACAGCGACUUCAAGCUCAAGGUGGAGGAGCUGCCAGAGCCUAAAGAUGGAGAGGUGCUUCUGGAAGCAGUUUUCCUCAGUGUGGAUCCAUACAUGAGGCCUUUCAGCAAACUAUACAUGAAGGAAGGGGAUGUAAUGAUCGGUACUCAAGUGGCAAAGGUGGUCCAAAGUAAAAACUCAGCAUUUCCUGUUGGAAGUCACGUUGUGAGUGGUUGUGGUUGGAGAAGUCACGCUGUCAGUGAUGGGAAGGACCUGACUCUCCUCAUGGCUGACUGGCCCAAAAAUGUGCCAAUGUCGCUGGCUGUGGGUGCCAUCGGCAUGCCAGGACUGACAGCUCUGUACGGGGUGGAAGCGGUUUUGCAAGCGCAAAAAGGUGAGACCCUGCUGGUGAACGCUGCGGCCGGGGCUGUGGGAACCGUGGUGGGACAGAUUGCAAAGAUCAAGGGCUGUAAGGUGGUGGGUUCAGCCGGGACGGACGCAAAGGUAGCUUACCUGAAGGAGCUGGGAUUUGAUGAAGCUUUCAACUACAAAACAGUUCCCUCCCUGGAGGAGGCUCUGAAGAAGGCGGCUCCUGAAGGAUAUGACUGCUUCUUUGAAAAUGUCGGAGGUCAAUUUUCAACUAUUGCGCUACAGCAGAUGAAGGAGUUUGGUAGAGUUGCUGUGUGCGGAGGCAUCUCCACCUAUCAUGAUGCUGAAUACCAGACAGGUCCAUACCCUCUAACCACCAUAAACUGGAAGCAGGUUAAGAUAGAAGGCUUCAUGCAGAGCAGAUGGCAGAAUGACCAUCCCCAAGGCCUCAAGAAACUAAUGGGGUGGUAUAAAGAGGGGAAACUGAAGUGUCGGGAGCACGUCACCAAAGGCUUUGAAAACAUGCCAACUGCUUUCAUGGGGAUGCUGCAGGGAGAAAACAUCGGCAAGGCGAUCAUCACUGUCUGAUGCCUCAACAAAGAGUCACCUUACUCACAAACACUCCCUGAAGAUAGAGCAUUGAUCGUUUUUUUUAUAAUUAUACUUAAACUAGAAUGAUUAUAAAUAUAAAUUCAUUAGUUAUUAAUAAAGAUGAAGAAAAAAUUAUUCUGAGUGUUCUUUAUCAUCAUCACUAUAAUCAGGUAUUUUCUUAUGGGCGGUGUCUCUAAUGUUGCUGCAUUGAAAGGUUAAUUAAGCACUAUGUUUUUACCAUAAACCUUUGUAUUGAUAACAAAAAUAAAAAUACAUGUUUUCAGCA